GACAACAUGAAUGAUCUAUAAAUAAGCCUUAUUAGGGUUUCCAUCGAAAGUUUAGAGGAUUCUGGGACUCUUUCGUCGCGCGGCGCAGCUUCCUCUCGUUCUCAAUCUGCAGUGAGUUACGGAUGGAUUCCCAGAUCAAGCAUGCCAUUGUGGUGAAGGUUAUAGGCCGGACGGGGUCGAGGGGGCAAGUGACUCAGGUGAGGGUCAAGUUCGUGGAUGAUCAGAAUCGGUUUAUCAUGAGGAAUGUUAAGGGACCCGUUAGAGAGGGUGACAUUCUAACACUGCUCGAGUCGGAGAGGGAGGCAAGAAGGCUGCGGUAAAUUUCUUUCAUAUUUUGCUUCGUUAACUUUAGAUGUUUGGAUAAGUUGCGGCAUCACUUUGAACUUUGGGUUUUGACGGCAUUUCGAUGAAUGAACCAAAAUGAUAUUUGGAGUCGA